UUGGCAGGACAACAUGCCUGUAGAGAGGAUGAGGAUGAGGCCGUGGCUGGAGGAACAGAUCAACUCCUGUCAGAUUCCGGGCCUGAAGUGGGUCAACAAAGAGAAGAGGAUAUUUCAGAUCCCUUGGAUGCACGCUGCGCGUCACGGCUGGGACCUGGAGAAAGAUGCUCCACUUUUCAUGAGAUGGGCCAUCCACACAGGUAAAUACCAGCCCAGCGUGGACCGUCCUGAUCCAAAGACAUGGAAGGCCAACUUCCGCUGCGCCAUGAACAGCCUUCCAGACAUCGAGGAGGUGAAGGACAAAAGCAUCAAAAAAGGAACAAACGCCUUCAGAGUUUAUAAAAUGUUGUCGUCCACAGAGAGGAGCCUGAAGAAAGGGAAGAAGAAGGCAGAAAAGGAGGGAAAGUCAAAGGGAAAUAAAGAGGGUGUGUCUCCGUCUCUGAGUGAACUGUACGCUGCUGAUGCUGUCAAACAUGAGGUGGAGGUCACGGUGGCUGCUGAUGCUGUCAAACAGGAGGAGGUGGAGGUCACGGUGGCUGACAUGGAAGUGGUUCACAGUUCGAUGGAGGAGCAGUUCAUGAACAGCGAGCAGCUGCCUUACGUCUGUCACACCAUCGAGGUCGUCACGGAGAAUGAGGAGCAGACCGUCAGCUCCUCCCACUCGUACCCACUGCAGAUCUCUCCCGUGUCCUCCUGCUGUG